ACCAGAUCUCCUUAUUACUUACACCAAUAUAUAUACACACAGAGUUUCUUGACACACACAUUCAGAUAAUAUCAAAAUGGAGAAGAUAUCAAAUUUGUUAGAAGACAAGCCCGUGGUGAUAUUCAGCAAGACGUCCUGCUGUAUGAGUCACUCGAUCAAGUCGCUUAUAUCUGGUUACGGUGCGAAUUCAACAGUGUAUGAGCUAGACGAAAUGUCUAAUGGACCAGAGAUCGAACGAGCACUUGUAGAGCUUGGGUGCAAACCGACUGUGCCAGCUGUCUUUAUAGGGCAAGAGCUCGUAGGUGGUGCAAAUCAACUUAUGUCUCUUCAAGUCAGGAACCAACUAGCUUCGUUGCUCCGAAGAGCUGGAGCCAUAUGGAUUUAAGACUUCAAUUCCCAAACGCGUAAUGUUUCUAUUUCCAUAUAUAUCUUUUAGUAUAGCGUGAUUGAAAUAUAUGUAUAUGCUUCAAACACUGUGAGAUGAUCAAUGUUUGUAGCAUAUAUAUUAAUACAUAGGAGUAAGUACAAGAAUAAGAAGAAGAAACAAUUUCUCUUUUGUGUUUUAAAUGCAAUCGCAAAUGCUUAGGAAUAAAAUCGUAUUUGCAUAUUAUGUAUUUACCCGAGGACGUUUAUCAUCAGUUUUUGUUUAUUUAUAUAUAAUGAUUAUUUCUUA